GAGUCUCGUUUAUCUGGCAAGUCUGCGCCGGUUGCGGUUACACGGGCCGGGACAUCGAUGAUCAACUCGUCCAAAUUAUCCCUCUCAGCAGCUGACCCCGACUGAUUCCACGACUCGCGGAGCACGCCGACAAUCGGGGACAACGGAACUGGCCAGAGCUGAUCCUAUCUUCCGGUUCUGCGAAGUCGCGCACCAAAUAAUCGGAUGCCGCCGGUUCCGAGGAUGCUAAUUUCAGGGAGCUAAUCAUUUCGCUGCCGCCGAGAACUGUGCCCAGCCUGUCGUGCCUUUGUGUUGAAACAGUGAAACAGUGAAGUACAAAGACCGUACGAAAAAAACAAGUUCAAAGUUUCGCAGAGUCGUUCCCUAUCGACGGAUAAUUCCGAGCGGUGACUUCAUGGUGCAGAAUGACCUGCCACAAGUCCCAGGACGAUUUAGAGGCCGGACCGAGCCAAGGGGACACGUACACCGUCAACCUGCCCGGCCCUUUGAACCUCGAGGAGAAGAAGUAUCUGUUGGCUGUGGAGAGGGGGGAUCUGGUUAAUGUGAAGAGAUUCAUCCAGGCGGCUCGUCAAGGCGGCAUCAAUGGAAAGUCACUAGACGUAAACUGUCUGGACAGCCUAGGUCGCGGGGCGCUGUCGCUGGCUAUCGAGGCAGAGAAUCUGGAAAUGGUCGAGCUACUCGUGGUGAUGGGCGUCGAAACGAAGGACUCGCUGCUUCACGCGAUCGAUCAAGAGUUCGUGGAAGCUGUCGAGCUGCUGCUGGAGCACGAGGAGCUUCUGACUUCGGAGUGCGCGGCCAACGAAACCGAGAUCACGCACAGCUGGCAGAAGAUCGAUCCCGCAUCCGCAAGAUACCCGCCGGAAAUAACGCCGUUGAUCUUAGCCGCGCAACGAAACAACUAUGAGAUCCUGAAGCUGCUCCUGGACCGCGGGGCGACGCUGCCGAUGCCGCACGACAUCAGAUGCGGAUGCGCCGAUUGCCUCAAAUCGACUACAGGUGAUCCAUUGAGACUCUCGUCGACGAGGAUCUCGGAGUACAAGGCCCUGGCUAGUCCCAGUCUCAUAGCUCUGAGCUCGCCGGACCCUCUGAUGACAGCGUUCCAACUGAGCUGGGAGCUUCGGGACUUGAUCAUUACGGAACCGGAGAGCAGGGCGGAGUACUUGAAGCUGCGGAGACAGGUGGAAAGAUUCGCCGUCGACCUGUUGCAACAAGUCCGCACCACGAUCGAGUUGCAAACGAUCCUGAACUACGACCCGAACGAGGAUGACAAUGCGACCAAUAAGCAGCUGGCCAGACUGGAGGUGGCCAUGCACUACAAGCAGAAAACUUUCGUCUCCCAUUCCCACGUGCAGCAAUUUUUGGCUGCGAUUUGGUACGACGGCCUGCCGGGCUUCCGUCGAAUGGCCACGCCCCAGAGGUUCAGAGUGCUCGCGAAGACCGCCGCAAUGUUCCCGUACUACUCCAUGGUGUACUUGCUGGCUCCCGAAUCGAAAACCGGCCAACUGGUGCGAAAACCUUUCGUCAAGUUUCUCAUCCACGCCUCGAGCUACUUGUUUUUCCUGUUUAUUCUAAUGUUGGUCUCGCAACGAGCGGAAGAACAAGUGGUCCGUUUUUUCGGCACCGAGUCGUCGAGGAGGAACCUCGAAGCCGAGCUGGCCAAACAAAGGGGCACAGUCCCGACGAUUCUAGAGGGUAUCGUAAUCUUGUACGUUCUUGGAUUUAUUUGGGAGGAAAUUAGAGAGGCCUACGUGGACGGCUUGAAAGGCUACCUGCGCGACAUGUGGAACUUCAUCGACUUUGUCAGGAACUCUCUCUAUAUCGGGACCAUUCUGCUAAGGAUCGCGGCGUAUGUACAGCAGAACGCUGAGAUUAACCAAGACUCGAUGGCGGCUUUGGUACCGAGAGAAAAUUGGAGCGACUUCGAUCCCCAAUUGAUAGCAGAAGGUCUGUUCGCAGGUGCUAACGUCUUCAGCGCCCUGAAGCUGAUCCAUAUGUUCAGUAUCAAUCCUCAUCUCGGACCUCUUCAGAUAUCCCUCGGUAGAAUGGUGAUUGACAUCAUCAAGUUCUUCUUCAUCUACACCCUGGUGCUCUUCGCCUUCGCUUGCGGAUUGAACCAGCUGCUUUGGUAUUUCGCCGAAUUGGAAAGACGGAAAUGCUAUGUCGGCUAUGGAGACAUUUCUUGGGACGCUACCAGUGAACCUUGCCUAAGAUGGAGGAGGUUCAGCAGUCUGUUCGAAUCCUGUCAGAGUCUCUUCUGGGCCAGUUUCGGAGGGAUUGGAAUCGAGAGCUUCGAACUCACAGGGAUCAAGACGUAUACACGAUUUUGGGGCUUAUUGAUGUUCGGCUCUUACUCCGUGAUCAACGUGAUCGUCCUACUGAAUCUUCUGAUAGCUAUGAUGAGCAACAGCUACGCCAUGAUAGAGGAACGAUCGGACACGGAGUGGAAGUUCGCCAGGACGAAACUGUGGUUGAGCUACUUCGAGGAAGGCGGCACGCUGCCGCCGCCGUUCAACAUCCUGCCGCCGCCGAAGCUGAUCCUGCGGUUCUGCGGUCUCCAGAAGAAGGCCAGCGGGGAUAGCCACGAUCGCGGGCGCUCGCACGAUUCCAGCAAGUACGGGGCGGUGAUGAGGGCGCUGAUAUGGCGGUACGUGGUCAACGCUCACUCCGAGCACGAGACGGACCCGGUCACCGAGGACGACGUGCACGAGCUGAAGUCGGACCUCUCCUCGUGGAGAUGCGAGCUGUUAGAGGUGCUCAGGAAAAACGGCAUGGACAUCGCCGGCGCUGACACCAAGGAGAGAACUAUCCUAGGAAAGAAGAUGAGGGUCUGGGAGAGAAGGCUGAUGAAGGACUUCCACGUGGCGACACAAAUGGCAGGAGGGUCUAUAGACAUGGGGGAUGAAUUGUUGAGGCCGCCCGAAGGCGAAGAUAACGUCGCGAGGUGGAAGAGGAUCGCCAAAUUAGUCGUGCAGCAAACGCCUAAUCAGCGAUGGACACAGGUGGUGAGUAGCGCCAUAAAGAGCUCGCAGAUCGGCAGAAGCAGCAGCAGAGCGUCGUAUCAGAGUCAGAAGAACUUGAAGAUUGCCAUGGAGGAGGCGCAGAAGCUGACCAGCAAGAAGGCGCCUGUGGUGCCUGUGGCGCCCGUCGCUCUGCCGGAGAGCACUGCUUCGACGAUCUUGCAUGUUCUGCAAGACAUCGUAGAGACCGACGAAACAACGACGGAUGUGCAUGCUAAACCUUCGAAGAUCAAGAUCAAGGAAGACCCGGUUGCGCCCACCGUGAAGGUGAAGCUGGCAGCGACAAUGGACUAUAUCGACGAGAGACGUUCUAGCAAAAAGAGUCCCGCGAAGUCCCAAACGACAGGCCAACAAUCGACUGAUGCAUCAAGUACGUCCACGCAUCCCAGUAACGCACCUCAAACUUUGCCUCCUAAAGCUGCAGAAGAAAGCAACGUAGCCGAAGACACCACAUUACCAGCAUCAGAAAAUAAAACAAGUAAAAAACGACUGAAGCCAAACGCUACAUCACAAGAUAAAGAAAGACUCGUGACCAAUGCGCCAAAAACAUUUAACACUAGAUCACCUCGACGCGGGGGUGGCUGGUUGUGAGCAUCGAAUCUCAUAAUAAUCACUCUUCAACCCUUAAGCGACCUAUGAGACACUGAUCUGUGACACAAAAUUAAUUUGCAUUCUACUAAUAAUCAUUUAAUAAUUUUUAAUUAUUUCAUAUAUUGAGAGUUUUUAUAUUUCACUAAGACUACAAUGCUGCAACGAGAUGUUGCAUUUGUCAAGCUCAUCUUGUAAGUUCACUUGAGGGUACAAUCGAACAAACAUGUCUCAAACAACGUGUUGUUACCUUUCGAACGAGCGGUGUUAACUUUUUUUAUUACCAUAUGAAAAAAAUUAGAGUAUAGAAUUAAAAACGAUGGACACUGUGUUCUGAAACAUUUUUGUCAUGCGCGAAUAAAGUAGCAUGUGAAAGGCA